AUGGUUAAAACCGAAAGCCGAAUCCCAAGAAUGUUUAACUGGAGAACAGUGAACCCAAAGCCAUCUGUUAACUACUUGAUGUUGGGCAUGUUUAAGGACGGUGAGGAGAAUAGUUGUAAAUUCAACAACAUUGUUCCGACCAUAUCAGAGGUUGAGAAGUUUGGUCUGCGUGCAUACUUGGUCAACAGACGUGCACCACCACCCCAAACACACCAAGAAGAGGAAAAUGAAUAUGCAAAUUUUACCACAACACCUCCCCAUAUUGCCGCUGCCAAGAAAACUCAAAAGAACGAUGCUUCAAAAUCUCCACCGCACAAGAAGCCCAGGAAGAUGUCGACGGCAGCAUUGCUUGUUGAGAAGUCACCAACCACAAUCCCAAAAAAACAUAAAACCAGCAAAUCAGUUGACCUCACAAGUUUGAGGCAGGAACUUAAUCAAUUUAAGCAGGAAGUGCUUGCUGAAUUCAAGGUUGUUUUUCCUGAGCUCAAGGAUCUUCGCAAAACUAUUGAUAAAAAUUUCAAAAAGGUUUUGAAACAUGUCAAAGGGAAACAAAACUCAGAAAAGGAUGAUGACAGUGAAACUCAUGUUCCUUUACAUGAUGGCAACUUACAUCAACAAGCUGAUGAUUACAUGGACCAUGGUGACGAUAUUCACAUGGAGACUGAUACGGGUGAUGUGCACCCAACAGAGGAGAAGAGUCUUGCACCGGAUAUUCAAGUCGGUAUUAGCACUGAUAGCGGCGAUACGCUGAAAGCUUCAACCGAAGAGAUUGCGGAAGGAGGUGAUCAUUCAGGAGAACCGAAGACUUCGGUUGAACGUCCGGAAAAGGGUAUUGCACCGGUUAUUCAAGUUGAUAUUGGCAAUGAGAGCGGCGAUACAAUGGAAGCUUCAACCGAAGAGAUUGCCGAAGGAGGUGAUAUUUCAGGAGAACCGAAGACUUCGGUUGAACGUUCGGGGAAACAUACUAUGGAAAAGCAAAAAUGUUCUGAUGAUUCAAAUAAUUCCGAGAUGAUCGCACAGGUGCUAGCAAAUAUAGCAGAAUCAGAAAUGACUGACGAACAAGUUCACACAGAAAAAACCGAGGAAAACACCAGCUCAACUGUCUUAGAGGAACCCCAGACAACAUGUAGUAGUUCGGGCAAGAAUCAUGGACAUGGGUUUGAUAAAAAAUAUCCAUUCCAGAUAGAUCCCAUUACUGGUCCACUUGAUGUACAGAUUGUGAAUGAAUACCGUACUUGGCUCCGAAACGGUCUGCUUGUGAGGCACGAUAGCAAAAAGAACUACGAAGACCAUUACAAAAAGAAAAUGGCAGUUUUUGACAAUGGAGUUAAAUUCAAUUUUGGCAUCACAACUGUCAAUGAUAAGAACUGGUUUUACCUAGAGCACAUUGACGUCAUUUUCUAUUACUUUCGGAAGAAAGGAAAGUAUGAUAAAAGGAACAAUUUCAGCUUCACCACUGUUGACUUCCUAUUCAAGCAUAAAAUUGAUGUGGUCCACCAUGCAUAUCACAAUGUUGAAACACAGACAAAUGUGGCAAAUGAAGAGAAAGUAUUGAUUGAGUAUGUUAAAGCCACAGGCUUAUUGCCAAUGUCCCGUGGCAUACCGUUGACAAUGCGUCUGUAUGUUUACAACUCGUAUCGAUCAGCCGGGCACAAUGCAGUUGUUGGGAAUGAAAUAAAAAAUCUUGCAACACUGAUGCCACAUUUCCUACAUUUGGAUGGAUUCUAUGUAAAUCAAAAAAGCAUAGAUUUGGUGAAAGACCCAGCAUAUGCGGAUAAGGGACAAAUUGAUAUCUUUGAAGUUGUCUAUGUUGAUAAUCUGCCGCAACAAACUGCUGGUAGCACGGACUGUGGUGUUUUUGCGGCAACGUAUGCUGAGUAUUUGACAUCAGGUGAAAGGAUUCCAGAUGUCAUUGAUGCACACAUGCAGCGUAUGAAAUAUGGUGCACUAUUGUGGGACUACGCUGAAGGCAAGGUUGUUGACAAUGCAGAGAGUGAUAAUGAAGUUCCACCAAGACCGAUUAGGCCAGCAAUCGAUUACGACACUGUAGAUGCAAUUGAUGUUUGA